AAAAAAAAAGAAAAAAGGAGGAGAAGGAAGAAAAAAACAGAGAAGAUUAAAAGGAAAGCACACGGGCGCACGAGRGAGGAGGAGACGAACAACAGACUACCAGAAGCUGAGCUGUUCUCCCAGGUUUCUCUGACUGACUGAUUGGUCCAUUGKUUCAUCACUCAACAUCAGUUCCAACAAAUGGGAGCUGACUUUGGAGCCAUGGGUGGGAUGAAGAUCCUGCUCCUAUUGUUAUUGGUUGGAUGGGAAGAGUCAAUGGGCCUCAACUGGAACCCAGUCCCACGCAAGACAGUUAGAUACCAAGAUGUCCUGGACAGCAUGGCGAGGUUCAGCAUCCAAGGAGUAUUCAACUACAGUAUGCUGACCCUGUCUGACCACGAGAGGGUUUUGUACGUUGGAGCGCGAGAGGCUCUGUUUGCCCUGGACCCCAACGAUAUCAGCAAACAGCUACGUCCACAGAUCGACUGGCCGGCGCCCCAGGACAAGAAGAGAGAGUGUGUUGCCAAAGGGAAGAACAACCAGACUGAGUGCUUCAACUACAUUCGGUUCCUGCAGAGCUACAACCACACACACCUCUACACCUGUGGCACCUACGCCUUCCAGCCCAAAUGCACUUACAUUAAAGGAGAUGACUUUUCUCUUAACCCCGCUGUUCUGGAGGAUGGGAAAGGCAAAUGUCCCUAUGACCCCGCCAAGGGCCACACUGGUCUCAUAGUGGAUAAGGAGCUGUACUCAGCAACACUCAACAACUUCCUGGGUACGGAGCCAGUCAUCCUGAGGAACCUGGGCCAGCAGCACUACAGCAUGAAGAGCGAGUACUUGCCGGCCUGGCUCAAUGAGCCAGACUUUGUGGGUUCAGCCCUGGUGAGGGAGAGCAGCGGCAGCAAAGACGGCGACGACGAUAAGAUCUACUUCUUCUUCAGCGAGCGAGCGCUGGAGCUGGACUGCGACACGGAGCUCACAGUGGCCAGAGUGGCCCGUGUCUGCAAGGGCGACCUGGGUGGCACCAGGACCCUGCAGAAGAAGUGGACCACCUUCCAAAAAGCCCGGCUGGAGUGUUCCCUCCCAGAACGCCACGUCUCCUUCAACAACCUGCGGGCCGUCUUCACCCUGCCGGGGCAGGAUUGGCGAGGGACCACCUUCUAUGGCAUCUUCCAUGCUCAGUGGGGAGAUGUGGACGUGUCGGCCGUGUGCCAGUACCAGAUUGGGGAUGUGAAAAAGGUGUUUGAAGGGUCCUACAAGGAGUACAGGGAGGCGUCGCAGAGAUGGGGUCGCUACACGGGUCCUGUUCCCAGCCCACGGCCCGGWUCGUGUAUAACAAACUCAGACAGGGAGAACAGUUACAACAGCUCCCUGCAGCUGCCUGACGCCACACUCAACUUUGCCAAGAAACACCCGCUGAUGGAGGACAAGGCUUCAGGUCGCCCCCUGCUGCUCACCAAGGGCAUCAACUUCACCAAGCUGGCGGUGGACCGGGUCAGCGCCCUGGACCAGCGAGCGUACAGCAUGCUCUUCAUUGGUACAGCGGAGGGCUGGCUGCAGAGGGUGGUGAUCCUGGGUUCUGAGGCCCACGUGAUCGAGGAGAUCCAGCUGUUUGACUCAGCCCGGCCCGUGGACAGCCUGACCAUCUCCCACUCCAAGAAGUACUUGUACAUCGGCUCUCGUUCCGAGGUUCUCCAGCUGCCCUUGGCCAACUGCAGCCGCUAUCAGUCUCAGCCAGACUGCCUGCUUGCCAGGGACCCCUACUGUGCAUGGGACAACGAGGGCCGGGCCUGUGUCCGCAUCGACCUCCACCGAGGGUCCACCUCCUCCCUCUCACAGGACCUCAUGCUCGAGAGGUUCAGUCGUGGAAAAGCCAAGUUUGAUAAGCCUGUUUCUAUCCCUAGUCCUGAGCAUUCCCGUCUGAGAAAUGUCACAGUGGUCGUGGGUUCCGACAUGGUGCUGCCUUGCCAGCUUGUGUCCAACUUGGCUCAGCCUUUCUGGGUCGUCAAUGACCGUGAGCUCCAGCUGGGCGAUCCAGAAGCCGGGGGGCCACGCUUCGACCGAGCCCUCAAAGCUCUCAUCGUUCCCGAAGCGGGCCAGAUGCAAGCGGGCCGCUACAUCUGCUACUCGGAAGAGCAGGGCGUCAAGUUUCAGACAGARCGCUACCAAGUGGCUGUGGUUGCCAGCGCUCCAGUGUUCAUGGAGGCCCGGGCCCCAGACAGCAGCAUGGGGCUCUUCUGGGUGCUGGUCAUCACUCUUGGAGCGGCCUGCCUGCUGCUUCUCGUAGUCGCGCUCUACUUGCGCAGGAGGCUGAAGCUGGCACUGGGCAAAGGAGCUGACAUGAAGCCUCUGGAGAGCACCCUGGUCUACCCCAUCACCCUACCCAAAGAGCCGCCCACCUUCGUGCCCAGCAAGAUGCCGAGCGACGAGGACCGAUUCUGGGAGACGGGCGCCAACUACUACUACUCAGAUGGCUCGUUGAAGAUCGUUCCCGGACACGCCCUGGGGCCCAGCAGCGUCAGCAGCACGGCGUCGCCCAGCGCCAUUCCCGGCCAGCCCAUCCACUCCCCCAGCCGCCUCAGCCUCACCAACAUCCGAGGCUCCGGUAGCAACGGCUACAUCCGCCUCAACCUGAGCACGGCGGGGGAGGAGAGGGCUAGCGGUGCCGGCGCUGGGGGCGGCGGGCUCGGAGGCCUGAGCGUGGGCGGGAACGACUACUCCAGCCCUUUCAAGGAGGAGCUUAGACGCACUCUCCAACAGAGAAGCGUCCUGCCAGACGCAAAUCCAGAGGAGUCGUCCGUCUAGGCUCGUCCGUCUUCAUCGCCCGAGGUGGAAAAGCAAACCAACCGACCUACCUCCCUCCUUCUGAGGACGCCUGCUCUCUCUGUCUUUUAGUGACACGCUGUUAGCGCCCAUGCUCUCUGUUUCACUCUGCCAAUGCCUGUUUGGCUCUCCGUUGACAUUUAUAGCACACAGCAUGUUGAAUACACACUAACACACCGACGUUUGCCAACAUGCAUUCCUGUAAUUGCUGUGUUUUUGGGCAACACACAGUCAUGGUUGUGGCUUUCUCUGCUUCCACUGUGCAACUGCCACUUGUGUAAAUUUUGUAUUUUAAGAAGGGUGAACGCAGACGAGACGGCCUCAAGCAUGGAAAACCAACAAAUGGUGUUAUUCGUUUUCUGAGGGACACCUUUUAUUUCUUCUACAAUGAACUCUGCCSUUGUGAAGCCAGUGAGCAACAAGGGCACCUGACUGGAAACAUGGACCUGAUUCGGUGUUUUGUGUCCCCUUUGGGACGUUUUCUGCUUACUGCACUUAAAAAAACUGGAAGCAAGUCUUCCCCUUUUUUUGUACUCGUGAGCCAGGAGGAUGAGAGAGCGCUAUUUAAAAAAAAAGACUAUUCUGCAAGCAAGACGACAAUCAUGUCCCCGUGGCAGGAGCUGUGUGCGGGACAGAUCCGAGAGGAGACAAAGAGGAAACUUAAUGGAAAAAAAUGCAUUAGAAUGGAUUGUGAGGAGGGUUUUCUAAAUGAAGGACCAUAUCUUAAGACUUUGUUCUGCUCAAUUUAUAACCCACCCCCCCUCGCGCAUCAGAUUUACUGCUGGAGGAGUUCUUCAAUCUCUUCGACUUUAAUUUAAUGUGAUGGUUGGUUUGAAYGAGGACUUUUCUUGUUCCUUUUUUCCCGACUCCAGGACUACAGCCGUGUUCAGACGGUUUGAAAGUGACUAAUGGCUCACCUCUGUGAAAGACAAUGUGGGGCCAACCUGCUUAACAUUACAUUAUUCUUGGCUCAGUUCGGCACGGUGACCUUCAGAUCYACUGUGCUCCAAGUGCACGCUGUACGCCACUUAUUAGAGUCACAGUGUGUAACAGACGUUCGUUUGGAUUGAAACCUUUUGAAUGCUUGAUCGUCUCUCUGGAGAAGAAAAAAAUGCUGUUUGCAUUCAGCUCAUAGCGCCGGAAGAAUAAUUGCACAGUUAAUUCCAAAUUGAAGUUGACAUGAUGGCAUUAGGCACGGAGAAUGUAGAUGAACCCCUCGUUGUUGCGACCGCUGUGGAUGUCUCAGUAAAGUGCUUUAUCUUUCAUGUGUUUGAUGAGGGUGGUUACUUGCACUGCCAAGAAGGAAACUACCACUCUAACACAUUUUUGUGGAUCCCAGCCAUCCUGGACUACAGAGCGAUUGUGACCUCACGGAGCCCCCUUCCCUUUUACUCAUGCCCAGAGACUGAACUGGGGUUACUGGGGUCUUGAAACACACAAAUACAGUGUUAAUGGAGGAAAGGACCGACAGACAGACUGAUUGCUUCCAUGAUGACGAACUACUGGACCCAGGAGGAAGCAGCCAUGAACCAGUGAAAGUGCGUUUGUCCAUCAGACGUGUGCGAUUGUAUUUUCGGGGAGAUCAGAGGAUGAAGUCGCAGCAUGAAGGAAAGGGCAAAAGUACCUUAUUAUGUUCCCGCUGUGUGCCGAGCGCUGAGGGAGGUGAAGAAAAUGAAAACAAUCCCAAGGCUGAGGAGGUCAUCAGCUCCUCCAAGCUCACUGUUGCAUGACCCUCUGUGCAGUCGGCCCGCACACCUCACAGCCUGAUCAUCCUUGUACAAGUGCAUCAUCUUGGUUGAUUAAUCAUGUUGGACUCUUUCAGACACUAAUGUUGUGCAACACUAAUGAAACAAACAAAAAGAAAACAACGUUGUUGGCUCAAGAGUUGUACAGACGUUCAUGGCUGCAUUUCAACAUGUUUACUUUUUUCUGUGCCUCCUCGCCCUUUUUGUGGAAAAGCCAAAGUAGACUGCAGUUGCUUUUGUUCUCGUUCAAAUUCCAAAAGAAUUUUUUUUUUGUAUGAAUCCAGAUUGAUCUUUGAAAUCUCAGUGAUCCGUCCACUUUGCCACACAGAGCUGAUGUCAGCAUGCUUCCUGCAUAUUUGAUCUGCAGCUAAACUUCCCCCUGAAGCGAAGCGGCGUUUAGAAUGGGCUUGAAGCUGAUGGAGCUGCUGUUGGUUUCCUGUUUACAUGUCGAGAGUGAUCUGCUGGACUGAUCUUUUCUAUCCUCCCCCACAUUAAAAAAACAGGCUGAAUUUUAUACGUUUUUUUUUUUGUGUGUGUGUGCGUGCGUGUGUGUGUGUGUGUUUUUCCUCUCCAGCGCCUGAAAACCAAAUACAAAGCUACUGAUUUUAAGCAAAUCAGUGACAAUUUGUUCACUUUAGAGUUUUUAAAUCCCUUCAGGCAGAAAGCUAAAAAACAAGAAAAUUAGCUCUUUACACUGGUACUUGGUUAUGUCUUGAUUUUUUCUCCCUUUUACAAUCAAGCUUUGUCUUUUCUUAACAAUUUGAAAACAAUAAAUUAAAAGUCAAGUCUCAAGCCUGAACACCAUGCAUGACUAAUGUAAUUUAUGUGCUGUUCCUUAGUUCAGUUGUUUGCUCGGAAUAUUUUUCUCACACAGUGCUUUAAGUUGGGUUUCUACGGUUAUUAUUUUUGAAUUUUCUGAUUUUGUUUUCUCCCCAUUUUUUGCCUGUUUGUUACAUGUCUGUUCUGUUUUUAAAAUGUGUUAAGUAACUUAUUUCACUUGUAAAAACAUGUUGAUAUUUAUUACCAUUGUACAUAUUUCCUUAUUUUUUAUAUGUGUAUAUAAACACAAAUAAAAAUGGAAACAAACUU